AUAAAACUCAAGCUCCACAAUGACAACCUAUUUGGAAUUCAUACAACAAAAUGAAGAACGAGAUGGAGUACGAUUUAGUUGGAAUGUUUGGCCAUCAAGUCGGCUAGAAGCUACAAGAAUGGUUGUUCCAGUAGCAGCCCUAUUUACACCACUAAAGGAGAGACUCGAUUUACCACCAAUUCAAUAUGAACCUGUUUUGUGUAGUAGGACCACUUGCCGUGCAGUUUUGAAUCCUUUAUGUCAAGUGGAUUAUCGAGCAAAACUCUGGGCUUGCAACUUUUGUUAUCAAAGAAAUCAGUUUCCACCUACUUAUGCUGGUAUAUCUGAACUGAAUCAGCCUAUUCUGCGUGGCCCUCAGAUGCCUUUGAUAUUCCUCUAUGUGGUUGAUACUUGCAUGGAAGAUGAAGAUUUACAAGCUCUGAAGGAAUCAAUGCAGAUGUCAUUAAGUCUUUUACCACCUACAGCCUUGGUUGGACUUAUUACUUUUGGGAGAAUGGUGCAAGUUCAUGAACUUGGAUGUGAGGGCAUUUCGAAAAGUUAUGUCUUCAGAGGAACAAAAGAUCUGACUGCCAAACAAUUGCAGGAAAUGCUGGGGCUCUCUAAAGUACCCGUUACUCAAGCAACACGUGGUCCUCAGGUACAGCAGCCACCUCCUUCUAAUAGAUUCUUGCAGCCAGUACAGAAAAUAGACAUGAAUCUCACAGAUCUUCUGGGGGAAUUGCAGCGAGACCCUCUCUCCAUAGCUGUAGGACUACUUGAGUGUACUUUUCCCAACACUGGUGCCCGUAUCAUGAUGUUCAUUGGUGGUCCAGCCACUCAGGGGCCAGGAAUGGUGGUCGGAGAUGAAUUGAAGACACCUAUAAGAUCAUGGCAUGAUAUUGAAAAAGACAAUGCCAAAUAUGUUAAAAAGGGAACUAAGCAUUUUGAAGCAUUGGCUAAUCGAGCUGCCACGACUGGUCACGUUAUUGAUAUUUAUGCAUGCGCAUUAGAUCAGACAGGUCUCCUGGAGAUGAAAUGCUGUCCCAACCUUACUGGAGGAUACAUGGUAAUGGGCGACUCUUUCAAUACUUCCUUAUUCAAGCAAACUUUUCAAAGAGUUUUCACCAAAGAUAUGCAUGGGCAGUUUAAAAUGGGUUUUGGUGGUACAUUAGAAAUAAAGACCUCAAGGGAAAUAAAAGUUUCAGGAGCUAUUGGACCCUGUGUGUCUCUCAAUUCUAAAGGACCCUGUGUGUCUGAAAAUGAGAUAGGAACAGGUGGCACUUGUCAAUGGAAGAUAUGUGGACUUAGUCCCACUACAACCUUAGCCAUAUAUUUUGAGGUUGUCAAUCAGCAUAAUGCGCCAAUUCCUCAAGGAGGGCGUGGUGCAAUUCAGUUUGUGACUCAGUAUCAGCAUUCAAGUGGGCAGAGACGCAUUCGAGUGACCACCAUUGCAAGGAACUGGGCAGAUGCUCAAACUCAAAUCCAGAGCAUUGCCGCAUCUUUUGACCAGGAGGCUGCUGCCAUUCUUAUGGCCAGGCUGGCAAUAUAUAGAGCAGAAACAGAGGAAGGACCAGAUGUGCUUAGAUGGCUAGACAGACAGCUCAUUCGGCUGUGUCAGAAAUUUGGAGAGUAUCACAAAGAUGAUCCAAGUUCCUUCAGAUUUUCAGAAACUUUCUCCCUUUAUCCACAGUUUAUGUUUCACUUAAGAAGGUCUCCUUUCUUGCAAGUUUUUAACAACAGCCCUGAUGAGAGUUCAUACUAUCGUCACCAUUUUAUGCGUCAAGACUUGACCCAGUCUCUAAUCAUGAUUCAACCUAUUCUGUAUGCAUAUUCUUUUAGUGGACCACCAGAGCCGGUUCUUCUUGAUAGCAGCAGCAUUCUUGCAGAUCGUAUUCUUCUGAUGGACACAUUCUUCCAGAUUUUGAUUUAUCAUGGUGAGACCAUAGCCCAGUGGCGCAAGUCAGGAUACCAGGACAUGCCAGAAUAUGAAAAUUUCCGCCACCUUCUGCAAGCCCCAGUGGAUGACGCCCAGGAGAUUCUUCACUCCAGAUUUCCAAUGCCGAGAUACAUCGAUACUGAACAUGGGGGCAGCCAGGCCCGUUUUCUGCUUUCAAAAGUCAACCCUUCACAGACUCAUAAUAAUAUGUAUGCCUGGGGACAGGAGUCUGGAGCACCUAUUCUCACAGAUGAUGUUAGUUUACAAGUGUUCAUGGAUCAUUUGAAGAAACUUGCCGUGUCAAGUGCUGCUUGAAGUGCUAAACAUGUUAAAGACAUUUAAGAAGAUGAAAUAAUAUUUCAGGUUUUUUUUCUUUUCAAUUAAUCUGUGGAAAUCAACAGAUAUCUCUACACGCUUUGUAUUAGUAUUGUUUGAGACAACAUACGCUAAAAUGUUCACGUUUGUAAAUUAAGCUGGAAUAUAAGAGCAAUACGAACAAACUGACUUUGCUUGCCACAGUAUUGUAACUGGUUUUGGAAUAUUGAGGUCUUUAUAACUUAAUUAUGUUAAAGAGUAAGAAUAGAGAAUAGACAUAACUCAUUUGUGUAUUGCAGACCAAGUGGCACUGAAUGUCUAUACUGACUUUUGAAAACUUGUUUCUUAAUUUUAGCUAGAAAGUAAACAAAAUCAUCAACAGUAAUAAAUGUGGACAUUUUUGCCUGUUCAUUGAAUAUUUUUCUGUGAUUUUCAUCACUUAUGUAUACAGUAUUUCUGUACUUAAUCUGUUAAGGCAAAUUAUUUUUAUGAUGAUUUGUUUAGAAAUUAUUUGACUAUAUAUGAUAAUUUUCAUGAAGAUAAUUUGAUGUUUUUGGUCAUUUGGAAAAAUAGUUUAGAGAUGAAAAAUUUUUUUGGUAACAAUCCCCAGUCUAACAAUAUGAAAUUCCUACUCAUACCCAACUUAUGUGAUUAAACAUGGUUUUUUUUACAGGGAGAUAGAAAAUAAACCAUUUUGUGAGAGUACAUUUUAGAAAGCCUUUGCACUAAGAAAUGAGUUGUAAUUAUUAAAACAAUUUUGGUUUUCUCUGCAUGGCUAUAUUUUUUUCCUUUGUGUUUCUGAGGUAAAUUUUACACUAAAUCCUUAGUACUUUAACACUAUUUUGGAAGUUUACACAUUACUUUUUGUUUCUGCUUCCAUUUUGUGAAAUUUAUUAAGUUGUAGUUCUUAUUGAAACAGUAUUAUAUAAUAUUUUGUUGAAUUAUCUCAUGUGAUACUCAGUUCUAUUUGAUUUAUUCAUUAGUAUCAUUCACCUUUAUCUUUUGAAGUUUACUUGUAGCAAAUGUUUACAUUGCUAAAGUCAGAUAUAUUUAACAAUGAAACCUACAUCAAGUACUGCAAAAAUCAGGUGGUGCUAUGAUACAUGCUUAGGACAGUUUUGAUGUUUGUGCUUGCAUGAACACAAUUAUAUGAUGGUAAAAGAGACAGAAACUUUAAAAAAUUGUUUAUAUGUUAUACUUAAUUAAAUUAAGUUAAUCUGUUCUAUUUUAUUUGAAUUGAAUUGUGCUAGGCAUAAAUACCAAUAAAAUAUACUUUUUCUCUGUU